GACACAAUAUGAAAUUAGAGAUGCCUAGAUAGCUUUCAUUUAUUAAUAUUUUUUUAGCCCAUAUCUCCCUAUUCUUUCCCCUGCCUUCACGUGAUUCUGAGCUUGCAGUCGGACAGCUGCCCCGCUACCUAUAUUACAUGCUUUUGUCACGUUCUGCUUGCUCCUAUUGCCAUCUCAAAGUACUCUUCUCUAUCUCUCUCCGCACACUUUGCCCUAUCAGAUUCUUCAGGGGAAUGAGGCAGUUUAAUCAAACAAGCUUAUUGCUUUUGGAAAAGACAUAGUGAGAUUCACCAAGGGUAGAAACCACCGAGAGAGAGCUAACAAGUAUCCCAAGAAAUGCUGAACGAAAGACUUCGUCUUCUUCUUAUUCUUCAAAGGCUCUUCUCCAUUUUGUUGUUGGUAUUAUGCGGUGAAGCUGCAAAGCUAUUGACAUCACCUGAGGCUACUGCUCUUCUGGGUUUUCAGUCUAAAGCCGAUCUGAGAAACCAUCUCGGGUUCUCACGGAAUGCAAGCAUUCCCUUUUGUGAUUGGCAGGGAGUUACAUGUUACCAGCAAAAAGUGGUACGUCUCAUUUUGGAAGAUCUAAGUCUCGGUGGCGUUUUUGCUCCCAACACAUUGUCCCAACUUGGCCAGCUCCGGGUUUUGAGUCUCCAAAACAACUCUCUCACUGGUCCGAUUCCUGAUCUUUCAGCCCUCGUCAACCUCAAAACCCUCUUUCUCGAUCAUAAUUUCUUCACUGGUUCCUUCCCUGUUUCGACUCUUUCCUUUCACAGAUUAAGAACCCUUGAUUUAUCCUACAACAACCUCACUGGCAACAUACCAAACUCAUUAACUUAUUUAGACCGGUUAUACUACCUUCGGUUGGACCGGAACUGGUUUAAUGGAACGAUUCCUCCGUUUAACCAGUCUUCCCUUAAAACCUUUAACAUUUCAGGGAACAACCUUACUGGUGCAAUUCCAGUGACCCCAACGUUGCAACGAUUUGAGUUCUCUUCAUUUUCAUGGAACCCUGGUCUUUGUGGAGAGAUUAUUCACAAAGAAUGUCAUCCAAGGCCCCACUUCUUCGGUCCCACAGCCGCAGUUGUGGCGCCUCCGCCUACGGUGGCUCUUGGUCAAAGUGCAGAAGAGCAUGGGGUGGAGUUGGCUCAGCCUCAGCCAAGUUCAAAGCAACACAAAAGGACCGCGAUUAUUAUAGGUUUUUCUACCGGGGUCUUUGUUCUUAUUGGUUCACUUCUUUGCUUCGUCUUGGCAGUAAGGAAACAGACAGAUAAAAAACAAUCAACUGCUGCGGCUGAAUCCGAUGAUGGGGCGGCUGCAGCACAAGCUGCGGCGGUGAUUCAAAUGGAACAAGAAACCGUGUUAGAAGAGAAAGUAAAGAGAGUGCAAGGAAUGCAAGUUGCCAAGAGCGGAAACUUGAUAUUCUGUGCGGGUGAGGCGCAGUUGUAUUCGCUGGACCAGCUGAUGAGAGCGUCAGCUGAGUUGCUUGGGAGGGGAACCGUAGGGACGACGUACAAGGCAGUGCUUGAUAAUCGUACGGUGGUGACGGUCAAGAGGCUGGAUGCCGGGAAAUUAGCAGCCACGACGAAGGAAAUGUUCGAGCAACACAUGGAAUCAGUUGGCGGUUUAAGGCAUCCCAAUUUGGUCCCCCUCAGGGCUUAUUUCCAAGCCAAAGAAGAGAGGCUUCUUAUCUAUGAUUUUCAGUCCAAUGGCAGUCUUUUCUCCCUCAUUCACGGAUCGAAAUCAACAAGGGCAAAGCCACUCCACUGGACGUCCUGCUUGAAGAUAGCCGAGGACGUAGCGCAAGGUCUCUCCUAUAUUCACCAAGCAUGGAGGCUUGUCCACGGCAAUCUCAAGUCCACUAACGUCCUUCUCGGCCCUGACUUUGAGGCCUGUCUUGCCGACUACUGCCUGGCAGCCCUAGUUACUUCUGUACACGAAGAAGAUCCCGAUGGCAUCGCACGUAAACCUCCGGAAAUUCGCAAUUCGAAUCACCAGGCGACAUCGAAAUCCGACGUUUUUACAUAUGGAGUUUUAUUGUUGGAGCUUCUGUCAGGGAAACCUCCUUCCCAGCAGCCGCCGUUGGCGCCGGAUGAGAUGAUGCAUUGGCUUAGGUCCUGUCGAGAAGACGAUGGAGGGGAUGAUGAAAGGUUAGGGAUGCUGCUUGGAGUGGCCAUAUCCUGUAGUUUGAGCUCUCCUGAACAAAGGCCCACGAUGUGGCAAGUCCUGAAGAUGUUACAGGAGAUUAAAGAAGCUGUAUUAAUGGAGAACGGUGAAUUGGACCCACUUUCUAGGACGUGCUAAUUAAUUAAUUUAUGAUUUUAAUAGCAUGUAAUUGUAGGGACUAUAGUUUCAGUGAUGUGCAAUAGAGAAAUGAAAAACCACCUUAUAUA